AUCAGUCUGCUACACCAAACUAAUACUUAAAUCCAGUAAAUAUUACCAGGAAGGAGAGAGACUUUGUUGACGUUUUUUUGUUACUUCCACAUGACAGGUUAAUAGUUUCUUUUUUCAGUUCUUGGCAAUGUUUCCCUGCCCCAGCAACACGUCCACUCCCUUCUCUGUAAAGGAUAUAUUAAACCUGGAGCAGAGUCAUGACGUUAUGGCGUCUCCUCUGGACGUUUCUUCUCGUAUGGACUGUUGCAGCGUACCGACCACCUCCUCCUCCUGCUCCUCUUCCUCCUCCUGCAUGCUGGCCCGCCUGAAGCAGGAGCCUCUCCGGGACAUGUCGUCCGCCGCUUCGAUGUUUGGAGAAGACCUGCAGGAUCCCAGAGCCGGCAGAGGAAAUGCACUCAACUUUGCUACUGCCUUUUAUGGGAAAUCCAUCAUGGAGAUGGAUUUAGUUAAGGAUGGGAAAUCAGACGCGUUUGAGGGGAAACGUAGAAAAGAGGAGUUCAGCCCUCCUAGCGAGCCUGUGGAGGACAUAAAACCAGAUGAUUCGAGCCGACCUAAGACCCGAAGACGCAGGAAGCCGCGGGUGCUCUUCUCCCAGGCGCAGGUGUACGAACUGGAGCGGCGCUUCAAGCAGCAGAGGUACCUGUCCGCACCGGAGAGAGACCACCUGGCCGGGGUGCUCAAACUCACCCCAACCCAGGUGAAGAUCUGGUUCCAGAACAGGAGGUACAAGUGCAAGCGGCAGAGGCAGGACCAAAGCCUGGAGAUGGUGUCGCUGCCGCCGCCCAGGAGGGUUUCGGUGCCGGUGCUGGUGCGGGACGGGAAGCCUUGCCUGGCUGCAGACACAGCCUCCUACAACCCGUCCUACAGCAUGGGGCACAUCAACCAUUUCACGUAUAACAACUACCCGGCCUUCAGUAACUACACCAGCCCCGGCUGCAACACAAACUAUGCGUGUAGCUAUCCUGCAUCCACAAUGCAAACUAUGCAAGGACCCUCCAACAACGGGAACUACAUGAACUUCGGGGUUGGGGACCUGAAUAACGUGCAGAACACAUUCACCUCCAGUAAUGGGGUGUCUUCGUUACAUGGCAUUAGGACAUGGUAAACAAAUCUAGUAUUUCCUAUUCACUUUAACUGGGUUAUUUUACGAUUGCAUGCAUUUUUAAAUGUGUCAGGACUUUCAGAGUGUGGUCAAAUUUCUAUUCUAUCUAUAUGAAAUUACUUAUUCCUGCUAGUUUUACCGUUUGUGUUUUAAGCACUGAAUAGCUUAUAUUUUUAUUUAUUUUCAUGACAAUGCCCCGUAAAUCAAAUUUCAAGAUCUGAAUCAGCAUACAGAUGAGGAAAUGUAACCAAAACAAGUUGCAAGCACAGUAAUUUAAAGUUAUUUUAAAAGUAACAUUUGAAACCAUUUCCUCUUCCUUCCUUUUAUUUUAUUAUUUGUAUUGACUCCAAAUGUAUUUUUCAAUAUGUGUACCUAUAAAAGUUAGACUUAGAGGGUGAAAACAAAACAAAAAAAUACAACUACUCGUAAAUUAAGGCAUUAUUGUAAAUCUAAUUACUAAUAUUGUGUUUUAUAUUGCCUGAAAUAAGCUAAUUAAUUAUGAAAAUGUAAAUGAAGUUGUUGGGUGGAAAAAGUUGGCUCUAUAUAAAAUAUAUGAUAAAAAGUAUAUAAUAUGUAACACUGAACAAUGUCUUUCGAUCACAUAAUGGUUAAACUGGUUACCCAGCAGGAUCCUAAAGUUUUUACAACCUUCAUAUGGUUUGUGUCUGGUUAAAAUGUUCAAGUGGCCAUUAGGAAGCUUCCUUCAAUGUUCUUAAACAAGGUUAAAAGGUCGUUCAGAGUGGACACUUUUUACUGCUCAUUGUCAGCCACCUACACACAUGUUUUCAGUCACUGCUACAGAGAUGGCUGUCAGCCAUGACCUUGAGCGGUACUAAAUCUUUGUAUGUUUUUAAUUCUGUGGAUAUAGAAACUUUUUGAUUUUCUUUUAUUAUAUUGUGUGUACAAGUAUCUCAAAGCCAUCUUGAAAGUCAGCCACCUUUUUUU